AUGGGCUUGUGCAGGCAGCGAGCAGGCGAGACGAGAGACGAUAUCCAGGCCAGAUAUCUUCUCUCUGUCUUCGGCGAGGGAGUCUUGUCGACGAGCGUCUGGUCUCUUGCGUCUGGUCUCUGCGUCUCCAGCGAGUCCUGGAGGCUUCUCGUCUCGUCCGUGGGCGUCUUCUUGCUGGUGCCUUGCGGUGACUGUGCUGUCUGUCCGGUCUCGGUGACCAGCAAAGAAAACAGAACGAAUAGCAGGAAAAAGAGAAUAGAAGAAGCGAAAAAAAGAACAACUCCGGUCUAUCCUGUCCGUCUGUGUCUGUCUGUCCGUCUGUCUGUCUGUCUGUCUGUCUGUCUGUCUGUCUGUCUGUGA